GAGUUUGGGAAAGAAUGUGAGGAAUUCAUUUCCUGUUCUGCAGCUAUGUAGCCAGUGCAGUAAUGGCCGAGCCUGAACAAACUGUGGUCUGUGGAAACAUGAAGAAGCUGCGCGGACUCCUGGACCGUCACCUCCAGGACCUCUGAGGAGGAGGUGGCAAACAGAGAGGCCAUCAUGGCCGAGCCUCUCCUGAAGAGGACCCUCUCCAGGCUGAGAGGCAAGGAUAGAACCAGGAGGAAGACGGAGCCCAAAGGAAGCGGCAGCGUCUAGCAUCGAGGCCAGAGCAUUUCUUACAGAGCCACAGAUCAGGACUGACCUGCAGCACCACAGCAGAUUCAAGCUUCAUGGCACCAGAUGCUCCAGUGAAGCCAAACACAAUCAUCCAGUCAUCAUCAUCAUCAUCAACAUCAUCAAUGUUGAUGACCACAACAACCAGUCCCGAUCCUCCUUUCCCAUCACACAACCACAUUACAGUUGCUAAGAAACAGCAGUGGGCACGGCAGGGGUCUGUGGUUUCACCCUGCCUGGCCCCAGCAUCCACCCCAAGAAUGUGUGACCAGGAACAGCUCUCCAUUAGAUCCCACCAUACAGCUGGGCGGCUGACACCCAACGAGUGUCAGGCAGAGCAGUGUGAGGACAGGACGUGCACCCGUCUGGCCUGGGACCUGAGCAGCAGCCCAUGCACUGCUGUGACUAUGACCAAACAGCAGGAAGGCCUCCAGCCAGCAGGAGGCUGCCCCCAUGUCGCCAGCACACCUGGACAUACCAAGCUAUUUGGGCAGCGCACCUACCUACAGAGCCUAGAUCGCAGCAGCCGAGCCUGGGUGCUGUCUGGAAAGGCUCAGGUUUCAGAUGAGGCUAGUGGUGCACAGGAGGAAAGUGGAAGCAACAUUUGGUACAACCCAAUCCCAGAAGAGGAGGAUCCAGGUCCCUGCAGGGAGGAGGUCAUAUGGAGGAGGAGGAAUGACACAGAGGAGGAAGGAGUGUCAAAGGCAGCGGAGUCAGAAGAGUCCAGAACAGAACAUCAGGGUCUGUGGAUUGGGUCAUCAGAAGGCGGCGGUCCACAGGAGGGAACCGAUCCAAAUCUCAACAGCAAUAUCGAAAAGAUCGGAGCAGAAAACACAGACUCCAGCCCUACCUCCCAAAAGAAAGGGGCCAGGGCUAGCAGUGUAAUGCACAGGCUAAGGUCUCCUGGUACUGUCAGGAAACUGUCCCUGAAGAUGAAAAAACUUCCCGAGCUGCGGCGUAAACUCAGCCUUCGCUCGUCCUCUCGAGCUCAUCAACAGGAAAACGAGUCCAGCACCAAAACUGUGGCAGCAUCAUCAUUGUCCAACCAGAACGUGAUCAGCAGAUACCACCUGGACACCUCUGCAGCCCCAGCACGACCCCUGCGGCAAUCCUCUAGAGGACGGUCCGCCAGCAAAGGGGGUUACCUUAGUGAUGGAGACUCUCCUGAGCUUCUGCCACGCCAACAACCCCAUCAACCUGCAACCUCCCAGGAGGCGGCUUCUGACUUUGGUUCCUUCAGGCUGUACGCAGGCUGUGACCCUCCUCGAUGCAGCCAGCGUGUGACGGGUUUACUCACGGUCCAUCUGCUGGGCUUAGAGGAGAUGAAGGUCAACCGGUCCGAAGGAUCGAAGGAGAUCUUCUUGGUGAUCCAGAUUGACGGCGCUACGAGAGCAAGGACCGCCCUGCUGACCCUGAGAGGCUCGGUUCUGCCACUAAACCACACCUUUCACCUGGAGCUGGAGAGAGCACAGCAGCUCCGCAUAGUGGUGUUAACACCAGGUGUUACUGGUUUUUCUGUCUCUGCACCCAGUCUUUCAACAGCACAAGGCUCAAAGCCAGAGGCUUCAGGGGGACCGUCCAGGAACAGGGUCUGUUGUUUGGGUGAACUCGCCAUUCCUCCACUCUUUAAAGGUAGUCGUAGUCAGCAGCUCUGCGUGAAGCUGGAGCCCAGAGGACUUCUCUAUGUCAAACUGUCUCUGCAGGAGAAAUGGGACACACAGCCCAACAGUGACAGUUCAGCACCUUCAAAUGUGUUUGGUGUUGAACUACACCUCCUGGUGCAGAAGGAAGGAUGUGCAGCUCCAGUCCCUCUACUAAUCCAGAAAUGUGUGGCAGAAAUAGAGCGACGAGGUCUAAAGAUGGUGGGCCUGUACCGACUGUGUGGUUCUGCAGCGGUAAAGAAGGAGCUCCGUGACUGGUUUGAAAGGAACAGUUCAGCUGUCUGCCUCCAUGAGGAUCUCUACCCCGACAUCAACGUCAUUACAGGGAUCCUGAAGGACUACCUGCGGGAGCUCCCCUCUCCACUCAUUACCAACACUCUGUACCAUGUGGUCAUGGAGGCCAUGAUCCUAAGACCUCCUCCUGCAAACCCUGACCCACAGCUGGCCCAGAGGACUGUGGUGCUGCUGGACUGUCUGCCCCUCCCAGAAAGGACCACCCUGUGUAUCCUCCUGGACCACCUCAGCCUGGUAGCAUCGUUCAGCCCCUCAAACAGGAUGACACACCAGAACCUCGCUGUCUGCUUUGGUCCUGUGCUCCUCACACCGACUCAGGAUGCCUGGAGGGGUGGAGCCAAAGGCAAUGAAGACAUAACAAAUGCUGUGGAUUUCAAACGACACAUCGAGGUGUUGCACUACCUUCUGCAGUUGUGGCCAGUGCCGACCCAUCGAGUGCCCACUGAGGACAGCAUCGGCGUCUCCUCUCUGCCCUCCACCUCCGUCCUCCCCCUCAAUUUUCAGCAGCAGCAUCGCCUUCCUGCACUGUGCUUGGCUGUGGACCAGGAUCCAGAGGAGGAGGUGGUAGUGUCACGUCGGGGUCGAGGCAGCGGGGCCCGGCUUGAGAGCCCACCGCCAAUCAACAGGUAUGCUGGAGACUGGAGCAUCUGUAGAGAAGACCUAGUGUGUGGACAGGAGGCGGACUACGACGAGGUUGCUGGAAGUGAGAGCGAUGCAGGGAGUGACGAUGAAGAGGAGGAGGAGAAGAAGGUGUGGUCCUCAGGUGGAGCAGGUCUGUACAUGGACGACUUCAUGGACUUUGAAGCACCGUUUAACUGUCGACUCAGCCUAAAGGAUUUUGACACUCUGAUCCAUGACCUGGACCGAGAGCUGGCCAAACAGAUCAACAUCUGUCUGUAGGACCUGUAGGAUAAGUGAAAAAUUCAAUAUGAGAAAUGCAACCAAAGAAAUCUUUAUAGUUAUAACAUGACGUGACUCAGACUUAAGUCAAACGUUAUGUUUAAUUCUUCGGAUCAGUGUCUGAAUUCAGUAACUAGUUUACCAGUAAAACUGUCAGAGGUUUGUUUGUUUGGAGCCUUCAACUUCAGUUUGUGCCAAAAAAUCCAACUCACAUAUUUAUUCAGAUUUGUGUGUUAACAGUUGUGAAGGAUGCUUUUCUAUGAAAGAAGUGCAGGAACAUGAACCACACUGCUGGUUCUUCCAUAGUUCAUGGGGAUCAGGGUCAUGUUAGGAUGUUUACACUUUUAAGCCAUAUUUUUACUUACUACUUUACUUACUGUACCAACUACAUCAUGUUGGUGUGUGAUUUAGAUUCUAAUACUAAAAAAAUACACAGUUUACGUCCAGAAAAUCAAAAAAGGAAAAUAUUCCAUAACUACUUAUGAUAAAACUGGCCUUUAUCUUGAUUGAAAGUGUUUUUUAAUGAUUCUUUGGUGAAAGUUUGAAGUUUGUAAUUGCAGUAUAAGAUCCAGACCCACCUGUGAAAAAUUAGGUUUUACUGUACAUACAUUCAUAGAGACUUUCUAUAAAAAUAAUAAGUCCCCAUGAAAGCAAAGUUUAAACUUAUGGUAUGACCACCACAUACAUCUCUGCGGACCUUAGACCACUCCCUGGGUGAGUGGCCAGUCUUAUUGUAUUGUAUAGUAUUGUUGUAGCUUGAGCAGCGCACUGCCCCCUGCAGGUCAUGAGAUGUGUUGCAGGUCCACGUCUGUCAGUCCUGCAGGUUCUGUUGGUCUUGCAGGUGUGAAGCUGCUGAAUUUUAUUUUCAUGGUACGGUAUUAAUGGAGAAGCAGUAGAUGGACCAGACCACACUCACAGUGUUUGACAGUAUUAAUUUGAUUUGCACAACCUUCGUUAGCACUUGUGUUUUCUGUUGACGAUGUUUCUAUGCAGAUUUUGUAACCAAAGUGUUGAAGCACAUUUUUUGUUUAAGCAGACCACAUCAGGGGUUCUGUUUGAUUUAUUAACCUUAACAGCUAUUAAACACUUUUAUUCUCAACA